UAGUGCUCGCUCCCUCUCCCUACUCCCCCUCACGCUGUUUCUGUGUCUCUCACUCCCUGCUCUGCUGAGGAUGUUAAAUCAGAGAAUCCACCCGGGCAUGCUCUUACUCCUGAUGUUUCUGUGCCACUUCAUGGAAGAUCACACAGUGCAGGCUGGGAACUGCUGGCUCCGGCAGGCGCGGAACGGCCGCUGCCAGGUCCUCUACAAAACCGACCUCAGCAAGGAGGAGUGCUGCAAGACCGGCCGCCUGACAACUUCGUGGACGGAGGAGGACGUCAACGACAACACGCUUUUUAAGUGGAUGAUUUUUAAUGGGGGAGCCCCAAACUGCAUCCCCUGCAAAGAAACGUGCGAGAAUGUGGACUGUGGACCCGGGAAGAAAUGUAAAAUGAACAAGAAGAACAAACCUCGGUGUGUUUGUGCUCCGGAUUGCUCUAAUAUCACUUGGAAGGGCCCUGUGUGUGGCUUAGAUGGGAAAACCUACAGGAACGAGUGUGCCCUUCUCAAAGCCAGAUGUAAAGAACAGCCCGAACUUGAAGUCCAGUAUCAGGGCAAAUGCAAAAAGACCUGUAGGGAUGUUUUAUGCCCAGGCAGCUCCACAUGUGUGGUUGAUCAAACUAAUAAUGCCUACUGCGUGACUUGUAAUCGAAUUUGCCCAGAGCCUGCCUCCCCUGAACAGUAUCUCUGCGGGAAUGACGGCAUAACUUACGCCAGUGCCUGCCACCUGAGGAAAGCGACCUGCCUGCUGGGCAGAUCCAUUGGAUUAGCCUACGAAGGAAAAUGCAUCAAAGCCAAAUCCUGUGAAGACAUUCAGUGCAGCGCUGGGAAGAAAUGCUUGUGGGAUUUUAAGGUUGGCAGAGGUCGGUGUGCCCUCUGCGAUGAGCUAUGCCCUGAAAGCAAGUCAGACGAGGCAGUCUGUGCGAGCGAUAACACAACUUACCCAAGCGAGUGUGCCAUGAAAGAGGCAGCCUGCUCCAUGGGUGUGCUUCUAGAAGUAAAGCACUCCGGAUCUUGCAACUCCAUUAAUGAAGACCCAGAGGAUGAAGAGGAAGAUGAAGACCAGGACUACAGCUUUCCUAUAUCUUCCAUUCUAGAGUGGUAAAACGUCCAUCACUAUUGGAACAGCCAUUGGGCACGAAAUCAAUGUCCAUACUGUAAAUAAGUGUAUGCUUAUUUAUUUUGGGGAGAAAAAAAGUAUACAUAUAGUUGAGUCUCGUAGACAUUUAUUUAUACGGUGUCAUGUUUUAUAAUUUAUACAUAAAAUGUCUGGUUGACUGUACACCUUGUUUUUUGAAGAAAUUUAUUCGUUACGGGAAGAGCAGUGUUAUUUAUUGUGAGGUCUCUUGCUUGUAAAGUAAAGAUUUUCUUUUUUUUUUUUUUUCUUGUAAACUAUAAAAGUCCAUUCCUUAGAGCUUACCCACAUGAUCCCAUUUCUUUGUUUCACUGAUGUUAACUCUUUUCCACUUUAACAAACUUGCAUGUCGGUUUCUGUUAUGUUUAUUUAUUGGAUUUUAUUCUUGCCGGUUAUGUACAUAAAAGAUCCCUCGGGUUUUUGUUUACAAGGAAUCCUGACUGACCAAAAGGCGUUGUAACGACUUAAGUAUACUUUUAGGGUACAGUGAGGCGAUCUUUAAGGAAACUUCUUCCACUUCACUUUUCUCUACUUCUGAUCACAUCAUCUACUGAAGUGAUCUCAAUGUGCUGAGCGUAUAUAC